AUGUAAACAAGGGUCCUCGUACAAAAUAUGGAGACGGGCUACACAAUGGUAACCUGAGAGGGAAAAAAACAAAAGAAAAGAUGAAAAUACCCAAAAGAAAAUUAUUCCUUCUAAUUAUUUUUGCAUAUGUGGCAUUUUCACUCUAUGCUGCAUAUAAUGUCUUCUUCAGUACCAAAGUAAUAUCCCGUGUUCACAGGGUAGUGAAGAAAGAGGCAGGGGCACUAUCGGGUGGCGUCCGAGAUGGUGCAGCUCCGUUUUUUGCAGAUGAAUGGAAUCCGUGGGAGGACGAGCAAGUGGAGUACAACUCAGCUCUUAACAAAAAACGAGAGGCUUUCAAACAGUACAUGGGUAAAAUUGAUAAGACCAAACCCAAAAGAUACAAGGUCCAAAUCUGGGGGAAAGCCGCCAUAGGACUUUACCUUUGGGAACAUAUUUUGGAAGGACCCCUCAACCCCACUGACAAGGUGGCUCAGUGGAGGGAGGGGGAACUGCAGUCGGGAAAGAUUGAUUUCAGUUUUUACACUGGUCCCGCCGUGGUCCAGGGUCACGUCCCUCUGGAUAUGAACAGCCUGGUUCUUGUUCUCAAUGGUCGCGAGCAGCAGAAGGUCUCUUACUCCACUCGGUGGCUGGAGCACGUCCAAGCUUUGGUUCAGUCUCACACUGUGUCUCACGUGGCCGUGGUCCUGCUGGGCAACGAGCACUGCAGCAAUGAAUGGAUCGGCCCACAUUUGAAGAGAAAUGGUGGCUUUGUGGACCUGUUGUUUGUAGUGUACGACAGCCCCUGGGUCAACGACAAGGAUGUCUUCCAGUGGCCCCUUGGUGUUGCCACAUACAGACAAUUUCCUAUGAUCAGGCCUAAUGCCCAAUUGAUUACCUCCAACCGGCCAUACCUCUGCAAUUUCUUAGGAACUCUUUACAGAAAUUCCUCCAGAGAAAUGCUCAUGCAUGUGCUGAAACACUCAGGCAUGGAUAAAGAAUGCAUCACAGCUCCCAGGGAGAAGUGGCUCCCUCAGGAGACAGCUGACAGUCUGAGACAGUAUCAAACAGCUCUGGCCCAGAGUGAGCUCACACUCUGCCCAGUCGGGAUCAACACCGAGUGUUACCGCAUCUACGAGGCAUGCUCUUAUGGCUCGGUGCCCGUGGUGGAAGACGUACUAACGCCCGGGAGCUGUGCUGCAGGGCCCAGCUCCCCGCUACGUCUCCUCAAAGCCGCCGGAGCACCCUUCGUCUUCAUCAGCGACUGGAGGGAACUGCCAUCCAUCCUGGAAAGGGAGAAGGGAAUGAGCCAGGAGCAGAGGGUCGACAGGAGGAGGCGGCUGCUCGAGUGGUACGCCAGCUUCCGUCAGCAGAUGAAGGAGAGGUUCACUGAGGUCAUCGAGGAGAAUUUCUUCAAAAACGUCUGACAGCAGCGCUUUUAAAUGUCGAUGGGAGAAACAUUUAACACUAAUUUAUUUUGUUGUCUGUGGAGAAAUGUGAUGUACUACUGGCAUAGUGAACAUGGUGACGUUAAGUGUACUUUUUUCUGGUGCAGGUUAUUAUAAAACCAUUUACUGUGUAGGUAAAAUUGUAGAGCUGCCAUUGCUGGGCAGUAACGUUUACAAUGGAGGAAUGUACAGGCAUUUAAAGAUCAAAAGGACAAGAUGCCUUUACAUUUUAAAGCCCAUAUUUUACUUUAACUAGGUUUUAUAUCUCUGUUUGUACAUUACUAAAAUUUUACUUUUAGGAAACACUAAAAACUAGAACAAAAUGAUUUGUUUUCAGGCCUUGUUAGAAAAAUAGUAGAACAAUUUUGUAUUGUGAGCUGCUUGCACGUGGUUGUAUUUGGUUCGGCUUGUAUUACUUUUCUGGUUAAAACCUAACUAACCUAAUUAUUUAUUUCAGUGCUGUGCUGCAUGAUUUUUUUUCUUUCUAGAAAGUGCAAUAAAAUAAAAUGAGUGUUGUCCUUGAGAGAAAUUAGUGGAUGUAUUUGUGUUCUGAUUGUGUUGGUCCUGCAGAUGGCGCUGUGGACCAGAUAAAGUUUGGAGGCCUCAAUCAUUGGCUUUUAAAAGUUGAGAAAAGUUUUACUUGAGACAGAAGCAAAUGGACACAGAAUGAAGCAUGAUAACUACACGAUAAAAUACAUUUAUAUUUGAGCACUAAGUACCUGAACCUGUUUUCGCCUGUUGCUCACCAUCGUACAUAUUUAAUUUUAUUUUAUUUUCUUGGAUUUGUUUGCUAUUUUGGAUAUUGCAUAUUGCACACUUUGUGUUUUUAUCUACUGCUGUUGCAUUUGCCCUCUCGGAGUAAAUGUAACAAAGUGUUAUGUGUCUUUACUGUAUUUUUUGAAUGCCCAAUAAAGAACUUAAUUAAA